GCAUUCACUCGCAUUGGUCUGAUAACGCAGGGUGGGCAGCAUAUUGGAGCAUAUUGGAGGGAAGAUGAGCCAAUUGGAGAUGAUCGGAACGUCGAAACUGGGGCUCGCCGUUGGUCAGUUUGGGCAACCUGCAUAUCUGCCCAGCACUCACACGUUGGGCUCCGCUCAACCUUAGUUUUGGCGCGCCAUUAUUCGCCCAACCCAUCCUUCAAUGUCAUCUCUCACCGAGCUUUUGGGCAGACGGUGGGCACGAGACCAGACCACCAAGGAGCCGCAGCAGGCAGGACUGCUUCAUGCCGGAGAGUGCUCUUACAGAAACCAGGAUCAAGAUGACGAGACUGAACACAAGAUCGAGAGCGCAAAGAGGAAAACGAUGAUAACAGAGAAGGUCGAACACGAGUCUCCAGCUCCACCAGACGGUCGGAAUUCCAUCCCAUCCCUACUUCAAACGGCCUCUGCCCGAGAGCACCCUUUUCUUCAACAACCUCCUACGUUAGCGACAGCCUCAAGUACUAGCCUGGUCAAAUACGCACGUCAUUGGUUGUUCGCUUCGCCUUGCCCCUGGUAUGAAUCAAGCUCAUCUGAUAAUCUGGACGCGGCCAUCUUCCGCCGAUGGCCUCUUGGCAUUGGGCUCCGCCUCCAGUAUUUCCUCGGCACAUUCUCCAGAACGGAGCCUACUAGAUGAAUGCUAGUUAACACGAAGCUGACCUAGCCGGAAGAAUAUCGCGAGCUUUGCGCUGUUAGUAAAAGUCGUGUUCAAGGGAAUGCUCGCACAUAGCGCCACAUGCGAGAC